UAUAACAAAGUCAACAAUUAUGGCUGUAGGUGAUAAUUUUUACUAAAAAUGGAAAGAGUGCAAAUAACUUGGGACGCCCAAAAAGGAAAUAAGUACAAGUAGUCUGGGACGGAUUGAGUAUUUCGUUUUCGUUUUAAAUAAACGAAAUAAAGUUGAUAACUCAUCCCACUAAAUAAUCAAAACAAUGAGUAUAAAAUUUGGAAAAAUGUGAAAUCUCUUCAUAUUUACUUAAAUUUGCUUUAUUUUUGCCUUGCACUGGCGCGUGGGUUCAAAAUAAUUUGCACGUAAAAUUACUCUAAUUUCAUGUCAUUAGCGACGAGCGAAGUAGUGUGGUGGGAGGAAUCUCCCUUUUUUAUUUUCAUCUUCUAAUUUUGAUUUUACUCCUCCCCAAAAUCUCGGCGCUCAAUUCUCUCAUUGUAUUCUCUCAGUUUCGAUUUUACAGAAGAAUUUAUGUCAUUUGGAUUUUGUUUCAAGAAUAGGAGUGAAGAGUUAGUGUUGGGCGUUUGGGAGUGAAGUGGUUCGCGGAAAUACGACCAUGCAAAGGGUGAGGUUGUUGAAUUGGGUUGAUUGGUGUCACUGGUAUUCCUUAAGAGGUUUCAAUUGAACUUGGUGCAAUACGCUAGCUUGUGUUGAGAGCUUUGUUCACAAAAUUUGGGGAUCAUGGAUGCAAAUGUACCUGGAGGAGAUAUUUCUGAUGUUGAUUGGACUUCUUCUGAUGAGGAGUCAGAAACUCACUUGGAAGCAGUUACAUCACCACAGCCAACUCGUACUGAAACUAUUGUUGGCAAUGAGGAGGCAAGCUCAUCAAAUGCCACCCGUUCCAAGUUGAUUGUUCAAUUUGUAGGAAUGGGGUUUUCAGAGAAAUUGGUCUUAAAAGCCAUUGAUGAAAAUGGAGAAGGAGAUCCAGAUUCUAUACUCAAUUUGAUCUUAACAUUCUCGACACUUGAAGAGUCUCCACCACAACAGCUGAGCGCAAAUUCUGAUCCAUGUUCUUCUGAUUACAUUGAGAUCUUUCCAUAUGAUCUUUCAGAUAUGGACAGCUGGUCCGAAGAUGAAGCAGAAGACUGCUUGAAGGACAAUGGUGCUUAUAAAUCAGAGAAGCACAAGAUGUUGUUGUCUUUGGCAGAAUCUGGAUCGUUGUCAGAGAAAGAGACAAAAUUGCUUGCCUUAGCAAACAUGGGAUACGCUCUCGAAGAUGCGGAAAUUGCUCUGGAACGAUCUGGGCCAGAAACCUCAGUUGAUGGUUUGAUUGAGUUUAUAUGUGUUGCUCAAAUGGCUAGAGAACAAGACUGUUACUUGCCUGAAGACGAUCUCAAGGCAAAGCAUAUUCUUAAUGGGAGUAGUAAGAGCAAGAAGAGGAAACUCUUUGACAUGAAGAAGAAGGUCAUGGAGGAGUCAAUACGCCUGCCUAAUCCAAUGAUAGGAUAUGGUGUUCCUUCCAUGCAGCCACCAGAACGGGUGCAUCGUUCCUUGCCAGAAGAAUCAAGAGGCCCCCCAUACUUCUACUAUGAGAAUGUUGCCCUUACACCAAAGGGGGUUUGGGACACCAUCUCAAGGUUCCUCUAUGACAUUGAGCCAGAGUUUGUUGACUCAAAGUUCUUCUCGGCCUGUGCAAGAAAGAGAGGGUAUAUUCAUAAUCUGCCCAUUGAGAACAGGUUUCCCCUCAUACCUCUCCCACCCCUUACCAUCCAGCAGGCUUUUCCCUUAUCAAAAAGGUGGUGGCCCACUUGGGAUCCAAGAGACAAGCUGAACUGCAUCCAGACUGUUAUAGCGAGUGCUAAACUGACUGAGAGGAUCCGCACUGUGCUGGAGAGGCAUGAAGGUGAUGAUGACCCACCAGAGGCUGUCCAGCGCUACGUUAUGGAGCAGUGCAGAAAGUGGAACUUGGUUUGGGUGGGAAGGAACAAAGCUGCCCCUCUAGAGCCUGAUGAAGUGGAAAUGCUCUUGGGCUUCCCAAAGAACCACACGAGGGGUGGUGGGAUUAGUAGAACAGACAGAUAUAAGUCUCUUGGAAAUUCCUUUCAGGUCGACACUGUGGCUUAUCAUCUGUCUGUGCUCAAAGAUAUGUAUCCUCACGGCAUCAACAUGCUAUCCCUCUUCUCUGGCAUCGGUGGAGCAGAAGUGGCACUGCACCGACUUGGCAUCAAAUUGAACAAUGUUGUCUCUAUUGAGAAAUCAAAAGCAAAUAGAGACAUAGUAAGAAGUUGGUGGGAGCAGACCAAUCAGACAGGUAGCCUGAUUGAUUUUGACGAUGUGCAGCUGUUUGACGCCGCCAGAGCUGAACAGAUCAUUAGUAGCAUCGGCGGUUUCGAUCUGGUGGUCGGUGGAAGCCCAUGCAACAAUCUGGCAGGAAGCAACAGAGUCAGCCGAGAUGGUCUGGAGGGUAAAGAGUCGUCUUUGUUUUAUGAUUAUUUUCGUAUAUUAGAUUUAAUCAAGUGUAUUAUGGGCAGCAAUAGGGCAGUCUAGAUGUAAAAAUAGGGCAGAAAUUAGAUGGUUCUACACUUUUAUGCAAUAAUUUGGGAGAAUGCUACAAUUUGUUUUCCCUUUGUAAUGAAUGCGGCGAGCAAAUGAACAUGAAUCAAUCAAUAUUAUUCACAUUGGAACAAGGAGUUAUUUUGAGUUUAA